AUUUAGCUCUAGAAAUUGGGAAGAUAAUUCAUAAACUUUCUGAACAAUGGAUGCUAAAUCUUUGGCCAAAUCAAAGAGAGCUCAUUCACUUCACCACAGCAAGAAGUAUCAUCCAAAACAAACACCAGUAGGCCCUGCUGCUUCUGCUGCAGCGAAGGAUGCAUCAAACCAGAAUGCAAAUCAAGUUAAAGGGAAUGUUCAGCAGUCUAGACGAAAAAAUGGGCUUCCUUCAAAUUGGGAUCGGUAUGAGGAAGAUGAAGAUGAUCUUGAUUUGGGAAAUUCUCCCCAUGUCAAUACAUCAGAUGUUCCAAAGAGUAAAGGAGCGGAUUAUACUUACCUUAUUUCUGAGGCCAAAUCUCAAUUAUCUUCAGAGAUCUUUCCUUCCUUGGAUGAUGAUAUAACAGACUUUUAUCAAGGAUUGGGUCCCCUAAUUUCUGUCAAGGGACAAGGCAUAUUGUCUUGGAUAGAAGAUGAUAACUUUGAUGUGGAUGAAUCAACUGUCAAUGUUCAGGCUUCAUUUCUUUCUCUCGAUUUGAAUGCUCUAUCAAAACGUCUUGAGGAAUCAGAUUUGUGUGAGAGGCUAUUCAUUGAAACAGAUGAUUUCCUUUCAGAGGAGUUGUAUGCUCAAGUAUCAGAAUCAAUCUGCAGUUACAAAUCGGAACAAAUACAACAUGAAGAAGCCUCUGAAAAAUCAUUUACUGCCGAAGAGGAAAAUAAAGCUGCAGAUGCAGAAGAUGAAUUAGAUAUUCUUCUUAACUCUACCACCACCCCUGACCAGACAAAUAAUUGUUUCAAAGUACAAAACCAAGACAAUUCAACUUCAUAUUCUAAACCGACUUCAGUUAUUGCCAGCUUGGAUGAUGACCUGGACGACCUUCUAAUGGAAACAUCCAAUAGUAACAUUAAUCUGCAAAAAGGAGGAACUUGGACUUCACAUAUAGGUGGUGGAAUGCCGAAAUCUGUUCAAUUAGAUGAUUCAAUUGAUGAUCUAUUGAAUGAAACAUCCAAUUUGAUAAACCAGAGCUGGGGGUCUCCAAAUCCUGUGAUUUAUGGUUCUGUUUCAAAGUCUAGAUUGCUUGAUGAUGAUUCAUUCUUUGAUACACUUUAGUUGUCUCUUCUUCAAUCCUUCAAGGAUUGCUUGUAACAUUUUACAAGUUUUGUAUGAAUAUAUUAUUCUCACUUUCUUUUUCAAACUAACUUGUAUUUUUAUCGGUAUCAGAAUCA